UUAACACGCUUUUGGGCCAUUUAUACCGGUGUACUUGGUGUUGCUGGCCAAGCCAACUUCCAACUACCGCAUUUCCCCAGCCAAGCCGAGCCAGCUUCAAUUUUCGAUAGCCACUCGAGGCGAGCAGUUCGGAUUGGAUCGGAUCGGCGGUGCAGAGUGGUGGUGUCCAACAUAUUCAACGUCAGUUCCUGGAUUCGAAUCAAACAUGUUGUGGAUAAUGGGGCUAGUAGUGGCCGCCAUGCGGCUCAAUUACCAGGCGAAUGCUGUGGCAAAUGUCACGGUGAUUGAAGACAUCAAGAGCGCCUUCAGAGGCGUCACCAACGACACGGAGCUGGUGAAUCACAUAAUACCGGAAAUGUACGGGGCGAGCAUGCGCAGUGCGAAUCCCUCGUUUGUCUUCAAAAUGCCCAGAAAAACGAUCGGUGGUGGCGAAAAUUUCGAGCUGCUAACAAUGCAACGAUCCGAUUUCGCGGAACCAAUCUUCCCCAAUAUCAGCCAAUUGCCCACGGUCAUCGAUUCACCCACAACAAUUCCACCGGAAACGAGCGUGAAGACCAGUCUGAUUAUAUCGCCGCAGCUGGAGUGGCUGCAGAUGGGCCUUGAGGGCUGGACGGGGGAGCUGAAGCCUCCGGUUCCUUGGCUGGAGCAGGGCCACAAGGACUCCAAACCACCGAUCAGCUUACAGAAUUCGUAUCCCCACGAUGAGAUUCAUCUGGACUUCAAGAAUCACCAUUUCGAUGGCCGGGUGACGGACAUACGCGUGAUCACAUCCACAACUGGUAAACCAGCAGAGGUGGAGGACCUGAUGAAUGGUCAAAACGUGUACAUAGCACGGGUAAACGAUCCAUUUGGAUUCUCCAUGAAGUGGAGCUUCACCAACGACAGCAAUAGGGAGCAGGAUGUUUUGCCAGAGGGAGAUCGCGGGAAAAGGGAUGUGACUCGGCUGUACUCCAUGAUCAAGUGCUCCACGGGCUGUGAUCCGCUGAUCUACAAGGGAUACGGUUGCUAUUGUGGAUUUGGUGGCCACGGUGUUCCCGCCGAUGGCAUUGAUCGCUGUUGUCGCCUUCAUGACAAAUGUUACGGCCAAAGCAACUGCAUCUCCUAUCUGGAAUACUUUGUGCCCUACAUUUGGAAGUGCUAUCGGGGCAAGCCGCUGUGUGCCGUGGACCAUGGAGAGUUCGGUGGACCAGAUUCCUGUGCCGCUCGUCUCUGCCAGUGCGACCUGCGGCUCUCCAGGUGCUUAAAGAAGUUCUACUGCCCCCAUCGACGCUCCAUUUGCCACUCAUCCAGAUCUCGUCGCUUACAGAACCUCAUAUUCUUUGAUUGAUGUUUAUUGUUGAUGGUAGUUAGUGAUUUAGUUAUGAA